AUGGCAACCGCAACUGCUACCUCAACGUCCGCCGUCAUUUCAACGUUAACUGCUAAUUUGAUAUUAUUUGGAGUAUUCGUUGGAUGUUUCUUGGUAUUAAGAAUUAAAUUUAAGAGGACGUACUCGCCAAAGUAUUCAUACGAUUUGGUUCCGGAAGAAAAAAAACCAGAUGCAUUACCUAGAGAUCCGUUGAGAUGGAUCUACAUAUUGUUGAUGAAACCCGAUUCGUUUAUUAUUCAGCAGGCAGGCCUUGAUGGGUACUUUUUUUUGAGGUACCUCUUUGUUUUCGGGCUUAUAUUUAUGUUUGGAAUCGCUAUGUUUGCGAUCUUAUUGCCAGUGAAUGCGACAAAUGGUGGAUCAAAAGCAAAGACUGGGUUUGACCAGUUGGCCAUAUCGAAUGUUUUGCACAAAAAUAGAUACUUUGCCCAUGUUUUUAUGGGAUGGAUAUUUUACGGAGCCGUCAUUUACAUGAUCCACAGAGAAUUGUUUUUCUAUAACUCGGUGCGUUGUGCUGCUUUAUCUUCACCAAAGUAUGCAAAAAAAUUGUCAUCAAGGACUAUUUUGAUCCAGUGUGUGCCUGAUACUAUGUUGGACGAAAGGCAAUUCAUGAAGAUAUUUAAUGGUGUCAAAAGAGUCUACGUUGCUAGAAAUGCAAGAAAGCUAGACUAUAAAGUUAGGUUAAGAGAGAAUGUGGUUUCCAGGCUCGAAAAGGCUGAAAAUAAGUUGUUGAAAUCUGCAGUCAAAGCCAAAAUAAAGGCUGAAAAGAAGGGAACUCCUUUUGAUCCAAAUGCCGAUAUCUAUAGUUACGUUCCGGCAGAGAAGAGACCUAGACAUAGAUCGGGUGGUCUCUUUUCAGAGAAAAUUGAUACUAUUAAUUACUGCAAAGAGGAAAUUCCAAAGUUAGAUAAGGAAGUUAAGCUGUUGCAGAAAAAAUAUAGAACAUACCACCCAAAAAAUUCUAUUUUCGUUGAAUUCGAGGAUCAAUAUACAGCACAGUUGGCGUUACAAUCGGUAACUCAUCAUAAUCCUUUAAGAAUGGGACCAGUAUUUACUGGUAUAGAACCAGCUGAUGUCUACUGGAAUAAUUUGAGGUUGUUCUGGUGGGAAAAGUUUUUAAGAAAAAUGUUUGCUUGCUCUGGUAUUGUUCUUCUAAUUGUUUUUUGGGCUGUUCCUGUUGCAUUCGUAGGUGUUAUUUCAAACAUUACUUACAUUACUAAAAUUUUACCAUGGCUUGAUUGGAUUAACAAUAUGCCAGAUAAAUUACUAGGUAUAAUUACCGGUUUGUUACCAACAGCAAUGUUAUCGCUCUUGAAUACAUUCUUGCCUAUUUUCAUCAGAUACAUGGCUAAGGUCGCAGGUUCCCCAACGGCUCAGCUGAUUGAAUUCUAUACACAAGACGCUUACUUUGGUUAUUUAAUGGUCAAUGCCUUCCUUAUUGUAGCUCUUUCAUCUUCUGCUACAUCGGUUGUUGAGAAGAUUAUCGAUGAUCCUACAUCGGCCAUGGAUAUUUUAGCUCAAAAUUUACCGUUAUCGUCUAAUUUCUUCAUCUCAUACAUUGCUUUGCAAGGUCUCACAGUUUCUUCAGGUGCAUUAUUACAAGUCGUUGGUCUUUUCUUGUACUAUAUUCUAGGAGCUUUACUUGAUGCAACCGUUAGAAAGAAAUGGAAUAGAUUUUCUGGAUUGGGUACAAUGGCAUGGGGUACAACCUUCCCAGUUUACACAAACUUAGCCUGCAUUGUAUUAGCCUACUCAAUCAUUGCUCCAAUGAUAUUGGCUUUCGCAUGCAUUGCGUUCUUCUUACUUUACAUUGCGUAUUGUUACAACCUAACUUACGUAUUUAUUGAAAGUGCUGAUUCUAGAGGAAUGCAUUACCCAAAAGCCUUGAUGCAAACAUUCGUUGGCAUUUAUAUUGGCCAAGUUUGUUUGUUAGGUAUUUUUGUUGUUGGUAAAGGUUGGGGACCAAUCGUUUUACAAGCCAUUUCUCUCGGAUUCACUAUCAUGACGCACAUUUAUUUGAAUGAUGCUUUCCAUCACCUUCUUCGAGUAGUUCCAAUUGACUGUAUGAAACCUUUGGACGGUGUUUCUCAUACCCCAUCGUUCCAAGGAAAAUCAGAUUACCAAGAAAAAAUGUUAGAAAGAAAGAAAGGUUCAAAGUCAGAUCGCUUAGAGAAAGAGAUUGCUCUUGAUAAGAAAGCUCAAGAGGAAGUUAAGAACGAUAUUUUGAAUACCGAUAUGGAACUUAACGAAAAUGAAACGAAACAAACCUUGGUACCUCUAUUAGCCGAUAGAGACUUCAAAACAACGCAAUCAUCUAAUGGUUUCGUCAGGUUUUUCAGACCAGAUGUUUUUCUCAACUACAGACAUGUGAAGUCUCUCUUACCAGCGACAUUUAAUGUUGAGCCCGAAGAAGGCGAUGACAGGCACGCGUAUGAUUCGCCUGUGAUUGCUGCACCUUUACCAUCUGUUUGGAUUCCAAGGGACCCAAUGGGAUUAUCUACAAGAGAAGUUGAAGAACAUUCCAAAUACAUCAACAUAAGUGAUGAAAAUUCAGGGUUUAAUGAAAAAGGAAAGAUUAUUUUCCUUGGUAAAGCUCCGAAUUAG